AUGCAAGCUCGAAGGCACGUAAUAUCGUCGGCGCAGCGCCUUGCUGCUGGUGCCUCGACAACCAGAUCCGUACGACCCAUGACUCGCGUCCUCGCAACCACAACAACAAUAACAACAGCAACCCAAUCCCUACGCUCGACGGCUGCAGCAUCAAGGCGGCUUCUCCCUAGUCUCACGACUGUUCGCCACUAUGCCAAUGGCCGCCCACAUCCGCCUGGUGGGACACACCGCAUGGACAUGGGCGGCGGUGAGGAAAAGCCGGCGUUGGAGCAAUUUGGCGUGGACCUCACAGCCCGCGCCAAGGAUGGCAAGCUCGAUCCCGUCAUCGGACGCGACAACGAGAUCCAGCGAACGAUCCAGAUCCUCUCGAGGCGAACAAAGAACAACCCCGUGCUCAUCGGCAAUGCGGGCACGGGAAAGACGGCCAUCCUCGAGGGGUUGGCGCUGCGCAUCGUACGCGGCGACGUCCCCGAGAGCAUCAAGAAUAAGCGCGUCAUCAGUCUUGACCUGGGCUCGCUGAUUGCGGGCGCCAAGUUCAGGGGAGACUUUGAGGAGAGGCUGAAGAAGGUGCUGGACGAGGUGUCCAAGGCAGAGGGCCAAGUCAUCCUCUUCAUCGACGAGCUGCACACGCUGCUGGGCCUGGGCAAAGCCGAGGGCUCAAUCGAUGCAUCGAACUUGCUGAAGCCGGCGCUGGCACGUGGCGAGCUGCAAUGCUGCGGCGCCACGACCAUCAACGAGUACCGCCAGAUCGAGAAAGACGUGGCGCUGGCGCGCCGCUUCCAGCCCAUCUUGGUGAGCGAGCCGACGGUCGAGGAUACCAUCAGCAUCCUACGCGGAAUUAAAGACAAGUACGAGGUGCACCACGGCGUGCGCAUCACCGACGGCGCCCUGGUGGCGGCAGCCACACUGUCCAACCGCUACAUCACCGACCGGUUCCUGCCUGAUAAGGCCAUCGACCUCAUGGACGAGGCGUCCAGCCACCUCAAGCUGCAGCACGAGUCCAAGCCCGAGGACAUCAUGCGCCUCGACCACAAGAUCAUGACGGUGCAGAUUGAGCUCGAGAGCCUGCGCAAGGAGAAAGACAUCGCCAGCAGGGAGCGCAGGGAGAAGCUCGAGAAGGACCUAGCCAAGCUCCAGGAGGAGAUUGGCACGCUCAACACCCGCUGGGAAAAGGAGCGCUCCGAGAUCGAGUCGGUCAAGAAGGUUCAGGAGGACCUGGAUAAGGCCAGGUUCGAGCUCGAGCAAGCCCAGCGCGAGGGCAAUUUUGCCCGCGCGUCGGAGCUGCGCUUCGGCGUGAUCCCCGAUCUGGAGCAGAAGCUCCCCAAGGAAGACGAGGUGGCGGCGAGUGUAGAGGCCAAGGAUGGCGAGAAGGAAGACGUGCUAGUCCACGACUCGGUCACGGGCGACGACAUCGCCAAUGUGGUGUCCCGGAUCACGGGCAUCCCCGUGUCCAAGUUGACAUCAGGUCACAUCGAAAAGCUAGUGCACAUGGAGGACAUGCUGCGGUCAUCGGUCAAAGGCCAGGACGAAGCCAUCAAGGCCGUGUCGGACGCGGUGCGGCUGCAGCGCGCGGGCCUGAGCGGCGAGAACCGGCCGCUGGCGUCCUUCUUCUUCCUGGGUCCGACGGGCGUGGGCAAGACGGAGCUGUGCAAGAAGCUGGCCGAAUUCCUAUUCGACACGGAGUCAGCCGUGGUGCGUUUCGACAUGUCUGAGUUCCAGGAGAAGCACACAAUCUCGCGCCUCAUCGGCGCGCCCUCGGGCUACGUGGGGUACGAGGACGCCGGGCAGCUGACCGAGUCGGUGCGGCGCAAGCCCUACGCCGUGCUCCUGUUCGACGAGUUCGAGAAGGCGCACCGUGACAUCUCGGCGCUGCUGCUCCAGGUCCUGGACGAGGGCUACCUAACGGACGCGCAGGGCCACAAGGUCGACUUCCGCAACACCAUCAUCGUGCUGACGUCCAACCUGGGCGCCGACAUACUCGUGGGUCAGAACCCGCUCCACCCCUACUCCGAGACCGAGACGGGCGACGUCGACCCCUCGGUCCGCUCUGCCGUCAUGGACGUCGUUUCCGCCGCCUACCCGCCCGAGUUCCUCAACCGCAUCGACUCCUUCAUCGUCUUCAAGCGCCUCGCCCGUGCCGCCAUCCGCGACAUCGUCGACAUUCGCCUCGCCGAGCUGCAACGCCGCCUCGACGACCGCCGCAUCUCUCUCCACACCCCCGACCACGUCAAGGACUGGCUCGCCGAACGCGGCUACGACCCCAAGUUUGGAGCCAGGCCGCUCAACCGCCUCAUCACAAACGAGAUCAGCAACGGCCUCGCCGACAAGAUCAUCCGCGGUCAGCUCAAGAUGGGCGAGAAGGUCGAAGUCAAGAUCCGCGAUGACGAGCAGGGGCUCGAGAUCGUCCCAACCAGCAGCACAUCGUCUUCGGCUUAA